CAACCCAUCUUGUCCAUAUCCGACCUGCCUGCUGCACCUACAUUUUUGGACUUCUAUAUACUUCCGCAAUUAACCUUCUUGAUAGUGUUUUAAGGCAAAUUGGCUUAAAUAAUCCUGCUGAUUUGAGAGAAGGCUUGAUCAAAAUGGCCGGCAGAGGUUUGGAGCAGGGUCUUCGGAGCUGGAGGUGCUCCAUUACCCCGGGUCAGGUGCGGUCCUUUAGCAGCACGCCGAGAUGCCAGAAACACGGUGCAAUUCCCUCCUUCUCUCCGACAUCCUCUCCCGAGCUGGACGCUCUUCUUGCCCAAUUCCGCUCGAAAGUCUUUCUCCCAUCGCAUCUUCUAAAGCGACAGCGCGACCUAGUGUACAAGGAAAAAUAUCGAUCAUUGGUCAGCAACGAUCCUGUGAUGGUUACAAUUGGCGACGAAAAGUUCCAGCUGGAGCAUAUCGACCGGACAAAGGAUGAGCCUAGCUCACAACAAGGUUUUGCUCAACUCCUUGAUCUGAUGAAGGAGCCUGGUGACUGGAAGAAUCUUCCGGGAUUCCUUGAAGGCAUGCAUACGGCGAAGAGAAAGUUGAAGAAGCACCAGAUGGAGAAGAUGGUGCGAAGGGCAAACAUGAUUGGCAGGCAAGGUGUCAUUGUGGAUUGUGUUCAACGGGUGGGAACCACGGGACUUGCGCUGACAAGCGCCAAUGUCGUCCGGGAGAUUAUGCUGGGAACUCAUCUGGAGGCUCAGGAAUCCGAGUGGGAUGAGCAAGCUACGCUCAAGGCGUUGACCCAUGCGGAACAGAUUGUUAGCGCACUGGAGGACCCUAAACAUAUCGGCAAGCAGCCCUUCAAGACUGCGCAUAUUCGGUCCCAGCCUGCGAUCAUUGGGGUUGUUCUUGAGCUUGCGGCUGUGCGCGCAGUCAAGCACCUUGACGGGAAAGACGUAGACGGCAAGGUGGCUACCUAUGCGGGACGUUUGAUGGCAACAUGGAAUGAUGCGAACCUCACCCCUCGCGAGACUUGGCAAGAUGCGAACAGGCAACUGCUUGCCUGGGUUCCUGUGCAGAAUGCGCUUAAGGCGACUCUAAAGGUGUUGGAUUCGAACAGUGAGGUUGCGGUGUGGGCACAGAAAGUGCUUCCUCAAGUGAACCAAGCUCUGGAGCAAGCCGCGGAGAUGGUACGCCAAAAGGAGGACACGCCCAGACGAGGUCUCAAUGUGUACGAGGCUGUUGAAAGAACAGUUUAAACCUGUUCACAAGCGCUUUUCUCAUGUAUUAUAUACUUUGUAGAUUUUUUAUUCCCGUUCUUUGAAGGCUACAUCAUGAAUCUGUAAUCUGGAGGUUUCUGCGCUGACUUUUUCAUUUUCGUGAGAAGCCUAAUCCCAGGAUUCAGAGCGUCAUGUCACUGUGACGGAAUUUGGAAAUAUGGGAUUUCUGUCAAGUAUUCGCAGUGCCUCGCACAACGUUAAUUUCGAAAUGGUAUCGAACGAGCUGAGGUGAAUAUAUGCAAUGCAAACUAAAUCUAGCUAAAUGGACAAUCCAACCAUCGCUAUAUGCCUAAUGAAGCGCUAAAUA